AUGACGGACACGAUGUGUGAAGCGCUUGCCCAGUUGAUGGGCGCUCAGCGGGCAAAAGAAGAAGGCAGAGAUCUGCCUCUAUACAACCAUCAUUCGGUGUGCAGACCAUAUCUUCUAAGUUGGAAGGGCUUGUUUUCUUGUCGAAAGAUGCAUGAACCGACUCACAAAGCUGACUACGAGAAUGCUCAAGCACAGAAGGAUCAUUUCUAUGACAUAGAGCUUUACAACAUCUUGCAAGGCACAAUUCGCUUGGUGGAUGGUGAGAUUGAGAAGAUCAAGAACAAACUCGACCGAGACACGCGAGAUGCCGGAGAAAGCGCUGAAAUUGUGAAGAUGAAACGCAUUGCUGACAUUGAAGAGCAAAUCAAGUUGCUUGGUAAAGUUGAGGAAUCAAUGCGCACCGCGAAGAAAGUCGAGGAGUUGGAACAAAAGAAAAACGAAUUGAAGAAUGAAGGAAAGAUGAACAUUCCAAUGACUUCUCAACAACGUCUUCGUGUUUGUGAUGACUGCGGUGCACAGCUCAAUAUCAUGGACCAUGAAUCGCGCUUGGCUGAUCAUUUUGGUGGCAAGAUGCAUUUGGGAAUGGUUGAAAUUCGAGAGCGUUACACCGAGAUGGGGAGCACCAUCGAUGAGCGUCAUAAUGAAAGUGGACCGGUGACUGGUGAACAGACGAACAAUCGAGGAGAGGUCACGGCCGUAAUUAGAGCUAAAUUCAUGAUGGGACUAUUCGGAAAGAAAAAGGACCCGAAGGAGCAAGUACGAGAGCUGCAGAGAAAGAUGCGACAAGAGAUGAGGACGCUCGACCGUCAAGUUUACAGCAUUCAACGUGAGGAACAAAAGGUCAAAAACGAGAUCAAGGCCGCCGCCAAAAAAGGAGACAAGGACGUUUGUGUGAUUUUGGCUAAGUCGCUUCUUCAAUCUCGAAAGCUCUCUGAAAAUGGAAUAGAACACUGUUCACUGUCCACUGAUCGGGAGAUCAUUGAACCGUUUGACUUUCGCAAGAUCCAGUUGAAUCACUCCUCCUCACCUCCGAUGCAUCGACACGCAGCUCUGCAGGCACAAGCUGAGGCACAAGCACAGGCUCAAGAUCAAGCUCAAACUCAGGCUCAAGCUCAAGCCGUGGCCGCUCAACAAGCAGCACUUGCAGCUGCCGCCGCUCCACAUGCACAGCCUCAAAUGUCUCAAAUCUCUUUUGCGCAACACUUGGUCGCCGCACAACAACAGCCACAUCAUGGGACAGUUGUUUCAGUGGCAACGGGUCUCCCAAUGUUCCUGGUGCCGGCGCAGAGUCUUGCCACCUCAGCAGCAGCUCAUUCAGCCUCGCAAAUCCCAUCCCAGACACCGAAUCAAUCACAAACACCAUCCGGACAUCAUUCACAUAUAAUUCGUAGACAGGCGUUCAGUAAUUAUAGUGAUCAAGCCAAACACCAAAAUCAAACCCAUUCAGAUGAGAAGGGUUUCAAGUGUCAAUAUGAAGGAUGUCCGAAGGCUUACACCGAUCGAGGAAGCCUCCGCAAGCACUUUAGAGGGAGUCACGGUGAUAAGAUGAAUGAAAAGAAAAAGAAAAUGAACAAGUUAAUGGAAGCUGGUAAACGAUGGCCGAAAAAGAGCAAGAAGGGUUGUGGCUCAAAAUAUCGUGAAAGCAACAUCAGGCCUGGCUCUGGAGGGCGAGAAGGUGAGACGAGUGCGAAAAAUGGAAACGAGAAGCCGAUCAGUGGGCUUCGGCUCAACGUUGAAGGAUAUCUCACUGCUGAUGCAGAAUUGGGAGAAAUCGCAGAAUCGGAAGCAAUUGAGCUGGGACUUCCAGAAGGGAGACGUGAAGGCAAUCAAAUCUACAGAAGUGCCAACUUCGGGCCGCUUUAUGAACAAACUGGACGCAUGCGGGUUGCUGGCUAUGAAGAAAAGCAAGACAUAGCUGAGGUUGUUAGUGUCAAAUCAAUCAGUGAGCAAGUUCGAGCCAAACACCAAAACGCCCAUUCAGAUGAGAAGCGUUACCUGCGCGGUUAUCAAGGAUGUCCGAAGGCUUACACCGAUGGACAACGAUGGACAAAUGGCCCUGACUCGGCAGGACCUUCAUCGGAAUUGGAA